CUUUCUCUUCUAAACACCCAUGUCAGGGUGUCCAGAUGAAACAGAGCGCUCGUCAUAUUGUCUACUCGUAAGAGGGAAAUUUUGCUGAUGCAGUAAUGUCUGGAAAUGCAUCGUUUGAGAAUGUCGUGAAUAAUUUCCGCUAUGGAUGUGAGAUUUAUGACGCGCGAGGACCUCAGACGAACAGUUCGAAAGUGAGAAUAUGUGAAGAACCUUUAACAAGAGCAAUUUAUGCAAGAAAAGGGAAACGGGUGCAUUUCAGAGAGGAGACUGUCGGCAGAAGACGAAUUCUAUCAGUAGCGAGAGGCAGCCGUAUGCAGCGGAAAGGAGCGAUGGUCGAGUCAGUGACAACCGCAGUGGGGCCACACUGAAGAAAGAUCAAGUUAUCCCCUGUCCGGGGAUCAAGAUAGAACUGAAGGUCUGGAAUUGGAGAAACGGAGAAAGUCUUUGGAGGGGGAGCAAUUGGAUGUCUGCACAAUAUCAUUAAUUCCACAACUCCUGCAGAGCUCCAACUUUGACCUGCAGGAUGACAGUCAUGGCUGGGGAUAACAUGGAUGAGACCUCUGCUGUGCCAGGGCAUCCACAGGAUACGUACCCCCCUGACCACGACGAUCACGAAUGCUGCGAAAGGGUGGUCAUCAAUAUAGCGGGACUGCGCUUUGAGACCCAGCUCAAAACCCUCGCCCAGUUUCCAGAGACACUGUUAGGCAACCCAAAGAAAAGGAUGCGCUAUUUCGAUCCCUUGAGAAAUGAGUACUUCUUUGACAGAAAUCGGCCAAGUUUUGACGCCAUCCUCUACUAUUAUCAGUCCGGGGGAAGACUGAGGAGGCCGGCAAAUGUCCCAUUGGAUAUGUUCUCUGAAGAAAUUAAGUUCUAUGAUCUUGGGGUAGAGGCGAUGGAGAAAUUCCGCGAAGAUGAGGGCUUCAUCCGCGAGGAAGAGCGGCCCUUACCAGAGCGCGAGUUUCAACGGCAAAUGUGGCUUCUAUUCGAGCAUCCCGAGAGCUCAGGGCCAGCUAGAGGAAUUGCUAUUGUGUCUGUUAUGGUCAUUUUAAUUUCCAUCGUCAUUUUCUGUUUGGAGACUUUACCUGAACUGAAAGGGGACCCUAUGGGACGGAUACAGACUAUUGGCAACACCACCUUCUACUUCAAACCAAACAUCUUGACCGACCCCUUCUUCAUUGUCGAGACCCUCUGUAUAAUCUGGUUCUCCUUUGAAUUGAUUGUGCGGUUCUUUGCGUGCCCGAGCAAAGCGGCCUUCUUUAAGAACAUGAUGAACACCAUUGAUAUUGUGGCCAUUAUCCCCUAUUUCAUCACACUGGGCACAGAGUUAGCUGAUGAAGCAGAUGGAAAGGAGGGCAAGGGGGAGCAGGCAACAUCACUGGCCAUCCUCAGGGUGAUUCGUCUGGUCAGGGUGUUUAGGAUCUUUAAGCUGUCCAGGCACUCCAAAGGCCUUCAGAUUUUGGGGCAGACCCUCAAAGCCAGUAUGCGUGAGCUUGGAUUGCUUAUUUUCUUCCUGUUCAUCGGAGUCAUAUUGUUCUCGAGUGCCGUGUAUUUUGCAGAAGCCGAGGAAGGAGAGUCCCAUUUCAGUAGCAUCCCAGAUGCAUUCUGGUGGGCUGUUGUGUCAAUGACUACCGUAGGCUAUGGGGACAUGGUACCGGUGACUAUAGGGGGCAAGAUUGUUGGUUCCUUGUGUGCUAUCGCCGGUGUGCUGACGAUUGCCCUACCUGUGCCUGUCAUUGUAUCCAACUUCAACUAUUUCUACCACAGAGAAACCGAGGGAGAGGAGCAAGCCCAACUCCUUAACGUGAGCAACCCUAACAUCUCCUCUGAUUCCAACUCCAGUCGUCGCAGCUCCUCGACUGUCAGUAAGUCUGAGUACAUGGAGAUAGAUGGAGACAUAAACAACAGCAUCGACAACUUCAGAGAGGCCAACCUCAGAACUGGCAACUGCACUAUCACUAAUCAGAACUGUGUUAACAAAAGUAAGCUGCUAACAGAUGUCUAGAGCUAAGUCAUGUACUGACUGUCACAUAUGAAUGCUUACUUUACCUCCUCUUGUGAGCCCUUGCAAUGCGAAUAUCUCUACAAUGCCAAUGAAAGAAAAACAAUAGACCAAAACGUAUAAUAUAAUGGCAGAAAAUAAGGCAUAUCAUUUAGUAUAUAGUUAGCAUAACACAUUUUUAAAAAGGAUGAUUCACAUUUACCAUAAAAAAUGUACAACAACCACAGGCGCUCACCUAGCUAAUUGUCCGCAGGCAUUGAAGGACUUUGAUGUGAUUGUUAAAACAUCACGCAUGGACUGCAGAUUACAUUUCCGCAAGCUGCACACUGCUUCCAGGAACGUGCAAAAAGAUCUGCAGGGUGGACACGUUGUCGAUAGGUGGUUUUCUUCACAGUUUGAGAUCAACUGACCAGCAAAGCACCUUAUAUGAACAAGACUUAUCUUCUGCUGGGAUGCUAUGGAGGCCAAUGUCAUCACCUCAUGGACAUCCGCGUUGCUGCUAUUUUCCAGCAGAUGCUGUAAUUUAGAUAUCACCAAGUGAUUAAAUGCCAUGCCCUUUAUAUAUAAGACAGCACAAUGCAGAAAGAGGAGCCUCAUAGUUAGCAUGUUUAGAUUAUCCUCAUUUUGAUAUUGGCAUGCGUUGGACAUUACCUCAUAACGAUAGGAUAUCGGUUCCUAUUUUUCUUUUCUUUUUUUUCCAUGAGCUCCCCUCUCCAUUUAUCUCCUCUCAUUUGUCACCAUGAAAAGUGCACUAGUGUGUCAUGAUUUGAGAUGCUUAUAAUUUAGGUGUAUUUAAAGACUGAAUGUUUAACCUUAUGGGAAACAAAAUCUUAAAGAUAUCAUAGCAUGUCAAAAAAGCAUUAUGGCCUAAUCAACUAAGGUACUGUGUAUCCUAGUAUAUUUAAUGCAUGACAUCAGUAUAAUACAGCUUGUUGCAAUUGAGAUACCUCAUAAGGGUAUCCUUGUUACAAUCAGGGAAACUAGGGACUUUGAUUCCUGACAUUUUCUGAAAUGUGACAAAAUAUAUAUGCAAGCCCGGGUGCUGGGAUGCAAACUUUUCAAAAGUAGUCAAAGACACAGAAAAAGAACUAUCAAGAGAUUAUCAAAUGCAUAUUACUCAUACUAAGUGCACCUGUUUAAAAAAAAAUAAUUAUGUAACUUAAAUAGUGCUAUGCAUGGGCAUUCUCUCUCUCUCUCUCAAAAAAAAAAAAAAAAAAAAAAAUUAUACUUCAUGAUUCCAUUCUGCAAUCAAAUUUAGGAUAUUAUGGAUAGAAAUAUGCUUAAUUUACCUUAUCAGGAUGCAAAAGAAAAACACAGAAGAAUUAUAUAUAUUAGUUGCUAGUGCCUUUGACCCUCUCAGCAACAGAUAGAUGAAAGUGCCUAUGAGUUAAGACUGAAGUUUUAGGCAGGGCAAGGGAACAUUAUCUGCUCUGUAUGUAAUAUAUGUUGGGGCUGGUCAUUACAGUGUAUACAGAAUGCAUUUAAGUUUUGUUGUGCAUUAAAUUUUUUUUAAAUAUGACACAUGGUUGUCAGGCACAAAUCCACAUUUUCUGUGUUUUUUUUAAUAUGAAAUUGGACAUUGGAAGACAUUCACUUGAGGGAACCUCUUAGAGUUUAGAAUCUGCCUUUUGUUGUGGUUUAAAUUGGUUGUGCCAUAAUAUUCUACCUCAGUGAGGUCACUGUACAGCUCACUGUAGAGCAGAACAUGAGAGAACAUAGAAGUGUGAUACAUCUACAACAAAAUUAAUACACUUUAAGUACCCCAGAAUUAGCCUUUUUAAAGCACUUAGAACAAAUGCAACAAUACUACUGCCUCUGACCCUCAGAUAUGUAAUGCUCCCUUGCUAAGCACAAUCAACAGUCAAUUCAGUUUGUUUCUGUUUAUUAACCCAGUCCUUUUUUGAAAGAUCUGGGAGAGAUACAUUAAGAUAACAGCACAGGCUUCUCCACAGGGUACAAUUACACCUGAGUAAAAAAAAAAAAAAAAAAAAAAGAAAUCUGUCAUUUUGAAGUAUGUCCUCCUUUUUGUAGACAUUUCAUAUGUCAAAAAGUGGUAUUUACCACAUUGAAGGAAUGUUCUAGGUUCAAUACAAGUUAAGCUCAAUCAACAGCAUUUUUAGCAUAAUGUUGAUUACCACUCAAAUUUAUUUAAACUUGUCCCUUGAUUAUCUGAAAAAGCUAAAACCGCAGUGACAUUAAGGCACUUAAAAUAAAAGUGAAUGAAACCAGUCCAUAAACAAAAUAUUUAAAGUUUAAAAAGUAUAGCCACAAGGCAUUAACAUUAUACAUGGUUUUAGUAUGAUAACGUUUUCUCGAUCUUAUGUCAUUAUGGCAACAAAGUUGUGAUCUUGGACAUAACUUUAUACAGAUAAGGUUAGAAAGCCAUUCUAUCACACAAAAAUCAUGUUAAAGGAAUAGUUCACCCAAAAAUGAAAAUUCUCUCAUCAUUUACUCACCAUCAUGCCACAUCCCAGAUGUGUAUGACUUAAAAGCACA